AUGUAUCGCGUUGUGAAGGCAACUGAGUUUCUUGCAAUCACUGGGGCUUCCAUUGAUGACAUAAAGGUCACAAAGAAGGCACUUGUUUGGCCAUUUCAGAAAUGCAAAAUGAUUGAUGCAAUACCAGUUAACUACACCUUUCAGGUCAAUGCAAUGAAUGCUGAGAAGCUACCUUUCCUCCUUCCUACUGUCAUUAUCAUAGGUCCAAGAGUUGAUGACCAUGAGAGCCUCAUCAAGUAUGCAAAACUGCUCUCUGAUCACAGGAGUGAUUCCCAGUGUGAGAACACGAUGGACGGACAUAGUGGUUCUAGUGGUAGUCUAGCUGGUGAGCAGCCCCGUGGAGUACUUCCAAUGAUUAAGCAUCAAAUCCGGCCAAGAGAGGCCGUUGUAUGUUGGAGUCCGGCUAACCGUCAUCGGCAUUGUAAGUGCCGCAAUCUCUAUGCCUAUCCCACUACAGUCGUCUUGGCUGUGGUAGAGGAAAGGAAGGAAUUGGCGAAGGACAAUGUUAGGCUCGAAGCCGAAGUGAACCAACUAAGGGAAGCUAAUAAGAGGCAAGUUGAGCGAAUUAAGGAGCUUGAGUACGAUGUAGUCGAAGGUCAGGAUAGGGUAGGUGACCUCUGUGCACAACUUGGAGAAGCACAUGAACGCAUGGUUAAGAGGGCAAGGAAAGCGAGGGUUAGAGCUGAAUCGAUUUUGAACAUUUGCGAUGACCUGCUUGGGGAGGAGAGCGAUGAGGCUUCUUGUAUAGGAGGCGGGGUUGAAGGUGAACCCACCCAGUCUAAUGGGUCCACUAGUCCUACAGCGGACUAUGCCUUUACUUCUAGGCUACAAUUUUGA